CUUUAUCCCGCCGUAACGUUUGACAUGGUAUCACCACCUUUGUCCGGAUUCAACCAAACCUCCCCAAAUUCCUCUACGCCCGUUCCUCCUCAUCUUCCUCCGCUAGACAAUCAGCCUUCAUGGCGAGCCCACCGGUACUAGCCGUAGACCCCCGUAGGCCGGGUCAGUAUACUCUCAAGAUAGGAAAGGGCUUGAAGAACGGAUCCUCAACAUUUGCCGGCGUCCGAUUCAAUCACAAGCCCAAUCUAUCCAAUGGCUCUCGAACAACGAAGCUUUCCCAAGGUCGUGACGGGGCUGCAACAAUAUCGAUUUUGGACGAAGAAGGUGGAUCGUCGAGCAGCACAUACACGUACAAGGGGAGACAAAGCACAUCCAAGAGCUCAUACGUUUUAAUAUUCAACCAAGAGACGCAGUCAUGUACCCUGGAGCCCGUAAAAUCAUCGUACAACUUCAAUCUCACCUCGACUCCAUGGGAGACUUCGCAAGACAAAUUAUCACGACAAUACGAACAAUUGAAAAUGGAAGAGUCGGCUUCCCAGGAAUUUGGAGACGAAGAUAUAGAUGGAGAGCCAGAUGCGGAUAAUCCAUAUGAUUUCAGACAUUAUCUGAAUCCCCAUUCUGGGCCUUCAGCCUCACCAUCUCCGGCGCUGAGACCGACGGGUUCAUCCAAGAUGUCUGACUCGGUUCCUGCAAGACCAAUUUCUAAUACUGCGUCAGCAACGAAGACGCAAUCGAAAUCUUCAACCAAAGCAGAUCAAUCAAAACAAGCAGCCCGCAAGCAGAAGGGCGCAAAUGCCGGUGGUGCCAACGACGAACAGAAGCCGACACCCGUCGUCCGCCUCGACCGGAGGGCACCAACACGUCCAAGUGAUGUCCCCAAGAAAGAAGCGAGCAAAUCUAUCCGAGCAGCAUCAGCAUCAAAGGGCAAAUUCAAGUCAGAUGCCUUUGUGCAUUCCUCAGACGAGGAGGAAGAGGAAGAGGACGACAGCACACCGGCAGUGCAGAACGUCCGCGUUGAUGAGGGCGGAGGUCUUGAAAUCGAUUGGGGCAACGAGAUGCCCAAGAAAAGAGCUGCGCCUGCACGAGUGCUUGAUCUACCUGACUCGGUACAAGAUGGGCCAAUAUCACUGCACUCGGCCGCGAACUCUCCCGCCGGUCGCAUGGCUCCACGACAACAAAGAAAGCAAAAGCUCGACUAUGAGCAGGACGUCAUUGAUUUUGGUGCUUCGGAAGGACCGGAUGAAGACGAAGGCGAAUCACCACCGCACACUACACAGGAUGACACCAAGGACGAAGACAUUCAUACGGAUGACGUCCAUGCGGAUUCCGACGGCGAUGCUGAUGUCGAGCCGAUGGAGCUGGGGUCACCGGCGCAUCAUCAGCAACAGAUUGUGCAACACCAGAAUCAAGAAGUUGAAGGGCAAGAGGAUGAGGUCGACUAUGACGACGAUUUAGAAGCACAGAUGAUGGCAGCUAUGGAGCAGGAUGACGAGCAGAUUGCAGAUGAGGAAAGCGAUGUUAGUGAGGCUGAGUGAGGACUGUAAUCCAAUGAUGGUUCUAUAGAGCUCGAUCCAUCGCUGGUGCUUAACAGGCAACAACAUGAGUCGGGCAGCUUUCUAUGUUAGAUUGACGAUGCCUUUUGGUCGGUCUGACAAUGCCAGAAGACCUUCUAGACAGCCACGGCGUCCGGCAAGCAGAGCGCGCGCAAAGGCUUGAGUAAAACACGAAAUAUAUUACACAUGACCACCG